AUGGAUAGCAAGACGCUGGAUAAGGAGGCGUCGAGCUGCGAGGCUUCGAGCCAGUCUGUGGUCGAGGACGCCUCUGGCCAACGGCUUCGGCGUGCCGUCCGCAAGAUCGACUGGGCCAUCAUGCCGCUCAUGUUCCUCUGCUACUUCCUCCAGUUUCUUGACAAGGUGCUCAUCAACUAUGCCAACAUCAUGGGCAUCUCCAAGAGUCUCGAGUUCAGGGACGGCAACGACUUCUCGUGGAUGGCAACCGCCUUCUUUAUCGGCUAUGCCGUGGCCGAGUUCCCCCAGGGCUACCUCAUCCAACGCUUCCCUGUGACCAAGGUUCUCGGCAUCAACGUUCUUCUUUGGGGCGUGACCAUCUGCUGCACCGCUGCCACGCAGAGCUUUGCCGGCGUGACGGCCGUCCGCACGCUCCUCGGCAUGUUUGAGGCCGUCAUCACCCCGGCUCUCAUCAUGAUCACGUCCCAGUGGUAUACGAGGCGGCAGGCCACUCCACGCACGGGGAUAUGGUACUGCGGCUUGGGGGUUGGUCAAACCCUGGGCGGCCUGGUGUCUUGGGCCGCGCAGCACGGCUCUGCCACUUCGUCGUUUGAAAGUUGGCGCAUCAUGUUUGUUUCUGUCGGCGCGUUUAACCUGGCCGUGGGCGCGGCUGUGACGUUUGCCAUGCCUCAAAGUAUUGACAAGGCCAAAUUCCUCAGCGACGGUGAGAAAUUGCUCGUCAAAGAAGCCCUUUCGAGGGAUCAGUCUGGCAACGGCAAGAAGGUAUUCCGGGCCCGCGACAUACUUGAAGCGGCGACUGACCUGCAGGUAUGGCUGCUCUGCCUCAAUACGAUCCUCAUCGUCAUUCCCUCUGGCAUCAUUACCACCUUCUCGGCGACGCUGAUUGCCGGGUUCGGGUAUAAGCCCAAGACGGCGGCCCUCCUCAACAUGCCUUCGGGCGUCGUAUCCGUCUCCGCCACGCUCGCGGGGACGUUUGCCAUUCUGUACAACUUCCCCCGCUGGCUGGCCAUCAUUUUGCUCCUGGUGCCGACUCUCAUUGGGGCGGGCCUCAUGUCGUUCUACUCGCACUCCCAGGCGGGAGCUCUUGCGGGCAUCUAUCUCAUCAACUUUGACGUCGCCCCGUUGGCUCUCAUCUACGCCCUCGUGGGUGCCAACACCCAGGGCUACACCAAGAAGGUGGCAACAAAUGCCGCCGUCGCUAUUUGCUUUUCCAUUGCCAACAUUAUCGGGCCGCAGACGUUCCGCAAGGAGAAUGCGCCGCGGUAUCUUCCGGCCAAGAUUACCGUGUUUGGUGUCUGCGGAGGCGCCAUGCUCGUGACCAUCCUCCUGAGGUUGCUUUACGGAUGGCGCAACAGACAGACAGAGGCGGUGAGGAUUGCCGAGGCAGAGGCCAUCGAUAGGGGAGAGAUUCGUGUCCGUGUUGAGGAAGAAGAGGCGAUGACGGAUAGGACGAACCCGGCGUUCCGGUACGUGUACUAA